AUGUCAUACAUACAACGUUGUAUGUUUUAAUAUUAUAGAGACUUUAUCCAUAAUUAAAUAUAUGUACAGAAAUAAAUUGUCACCUGCGUUUACGUUGCUACAUUAAAAUAUAUCGUUCAUAUUUCUUACUCAUAUUUAUAUAGAAGCUGUUUUACGAUACUAUCUGUAUGUAAGUAUACGCAAAUAUAUUUCAUGAUAUCAACUUCUAAUAUUAUUAGUACUAACACAGAUAAGCAAUAAGGCAUCCACACUAUGAAAUUGAGUUCUAUUCUAUCAUGUAACUUACUUGUCAAGCAACGGUAAAUUCACGGUUUUCAUGACCCAAAUUGAGAAAAUCAAUUUGCGUCUCUACCCCAGUCCAACUUGGACUGAGACUUUCUUUAAAUUCAUAGCAUCAUUUGUCACUUCAUCAAUUUAUUGAAGAAACCCAAGCGUUACCUAGAUACAUACGUCAAGGAAUGGUCACCUCAGUCAAUUAAAAUUCAAAUCGGCGAGCUGAUGUGCGUCACAAAUUCUGCGUAGGGUUCGUGUUUGAUCAUUAGAUUACUGCUUGAUAAUAAUCAGGUUAGAUUCUUGGAAAUCUGGGUUACCUAAUAAUCGUAUCUUACCGCAUUCCAGUAUCAGCAAAAUGUUGCAACCUGGAGGCACUAGAAAAAUAGAUGGGGAUACAAAAGUUCGAAAAAAGACAAAGAACGGACAGCGCAGAAACAAAAGCGGAGGGAUAAAAGUCAGAGUUAAGCUCCCACCCAUAGAAUCAUAUGAAAAAGACGUGGAGUUCCGGGCGGAGGGCCCUGGCCGCAUCAUCGUUCGUUUGGAGAGACUGAUGGGAUCAGAUCGAAUUCGUUUGACGGAUGCAACCUUCAUGGCCCGAUUACUGGAAAAGUUGGAGGAAGAAGAAAAUAGUGCUUGGGUGAAACGAACAAAGGCUCGAAAAAAGGAUGAGCAAGUGAGGUCAAGAAAAUUAGCAAUCGAUGGUCUCAUGGAUCCUGAAGAAGACAUGCGCGACCUAUUCAAGCACCCUGUGUUCAGGGUAAAUCGUGUUUUGAAACGAUUGGCUUUAUUCGACCAAAAUAUGAGCGUCGGCCAGCAAAUCAACUUGCCUCCAAUUAUUCCAGUUGAACCUUUUGAAAUUGAUGGUUCUGGUGCUGUUUUCAAAACAUAUCCUCGACAUGCAGAGCUGAAAAGUGAAGCUCCUUCUGAGGAUAAUGAGUCGCGGGUGGACGUUUCUAUUGCAAAUACUGAUGUAGCUCCUACAGAAAUUACAACCCAAUUAAUUCCAACAAUCAUUGAAGAUGGACCAGGUUUUUCUGAGGGAGAAGAAGAGGAAGAAGAGGAGGAAGAUAACGAAAUGGGCUCUACAAUUGUCCCCUCGGGCAUAUCCAUAAACGACGCCGCUGGUGCAAAUCGUUCCGGAUCAGUGAAAUCAGUGAAAUCUACCCGAAGUGCGACAACUACUCAGAAGGAAUCUUUGUUGGUCAUACCAUCAUCGCCAGGCAUGUCACUGACAGCUCUGCAAAAAAAUUACGGAAUUCCUCCAGCUGAAGAUAUGAACAAAUGGGAGGGAUUCAGAUCGGAUUUAGUCGAUACUAUUUACACGGACAGCAACGGCGGAGUAUUGCAGCUUUACCAAGAGGCUGAAGAAAUUUUGGGCGUUUACGACCGAGAAAACCUUUCUGUUGACGAAUUUGUUGUCAAACUAAAUCGAAUGAUGGGAGCAUCGGGUGGAGCAUAAUAGCACUUAGCAGAUGCGCGAUAAGUCAUAAAUGCUCAAUACAGUUGCAUCAGGUUUUUGUAUUUAUUGUUGCGAUUUAUUACUUAUGAAAACUUAAGUACAAACAUCUUGACUAGCAUAACAUAUUAUAUAUGGCAAAAUUAUAACUUUUUGUAGCAAGAAAAUAUCACAGAAACUGAGG